UAAGAGGAACUUUAUUUACAAAGCUGUCUAAGAAGAUGAAGUUCAGCAUGCAUUUUCUGUCUCAACAAAGCCCAACAGCUCAUUGGAGCACACACUGCUACCUGGCAUGUGUAUUUAUCAUGAUUGCCUGGUCUGGACCAGCUUCUCCCCUUCAUGCCCCUCCAGUGACAACAGGACUCCGCUCUGCUUUCUCUGCCACACGAACCAACAGCGUAGUGGGGGGCAAGCAGAAGGCAGUGAGCUUCGACAGGCUCAUGGUCAAUAUUGGAGGGGAUUUCAAUCCAGACACCGGUCACUUCCGCUGCCGCAUCCCCGGGGCUUACUACUUCUCUUUCUCCGUGGGGAAAUUUCCAAAGAAGAUGCUCUCUGUGAUACUGGUGAAGAAUGGAGAGGAGGUGCAGGCUAUAGCGUAUGAUGACUACCGCAAGAAAGGGAGGAAAGUUCAAAGCCAAAGCAUAAUGAUCACUUUGAAGGAAAUGGACACAGUGUGGCUGCUUUUACAACAGAGUCCUCAAUAUGCCUUGUACAGCAAUGCUGGCCCUUACAUCACCUUCUCUGGUUACCUCGUCUAUGCUGACAUCUCCCCAACCGGCUACAUCAGAAACCACCUGUCCCCAUCAGGGCUGUCCUACCCACAGUGUCCCCCUCAGGCUGACCCCUUGGCCAGAGGUCUGACGUCAGAGCAGCCACGGUCUGCCUUCUCUGUGGCGCGGACAUCCACACUCAUUGGUCAGAGUAUCAGGCAGCUGGACAAGCCACCUCUGACCUUUGAUGUGGAAUACGUCAACAUCGGGGGGCAUUUCAACAAAACCUCAGGCCUGUUCACCUGUCGCUUCCCAGGAGCUUACUUCUUCGCCUUCACAGUGGGAAAACACCCUCGUAAGGCUGUUUCUGUGAAGCUGAUGACCGGGAAGGGCGAGGUGCAGGCAAUGGUGUUUGAUGAGGACACUUCGAAGAGACGGGAGAUGCAAAGUCAGAGCUUGCUGCUGUCUCUCCGCCGAGGCGACAAUGUGUGGCUGUACAGUCAGCAGGAUGAGCGUUAUGCUGUCUACAGCAACCAGGGGAGGUACACCACCUUUUCUGGCUUCCUGGUUUAUCUUGAAGCAGAAACACUCCCACCUCCCACCACCCAGGACAGAACUCAACUCUAAAUGUCUUUACCCUUCAUAACACAAUCUGAUGGUUAAGUAGAAAAUCUGUAGAUUAUUUUCUAUGUGGAUAGAGCAGGAAAAAAAAAUCUGUGGUCAGUAUAGUGUAACUACAUUUAGCCUACUGCUUUGUUUCUUUGUUUCUUUGCUUUUUGUUUAUUUUCUCUAGUGUGAAUAAUGUAACUCCAUUGACAUAUAUAUGUGUAACUCCAGGGAUAACGGUUGCUGCCAAAUUUCUCCACAAGAUGGUGCUAUGAUACAAUUAUGGUCACUGACCAGCAUGCAAUAUGGUUAUUUUUGUCCUUAAAGUGCAAUUAGCUGCAAGACAUGGCAACAAGAAAAGUUGUGUUUAUGUAACAACUUGUCAAUCAAUACAAUUGGGGGUUUGGU